AUGGCGGCGGCGGCGGCGGCGGGGGCGCCUGGAGGGGGCGGGGCCGGGGCGCCAGAGGAGGAGGAGCACGAAGUGGUCCGCGUGCGGGUCAAGAAAUGUGAAGGCUUCUUUCAACCUGAGUUCCGUACCUUUGCUGUGGAUCCACAGAUCACCUCACUGGAUGUAUUGCAGCACAUCCUCAUCAGGGCAUUUGACCUAAAUGGGAAGAAGAAUUUUGCCAUCAGCUACCUGGGCCGAGAUAAGCAAGGCCAAGAAUCAUACUUGUCAUUGAUGUCAGAUUGGGAUCUGGGCAUGGCGUUUGCUGGAGCCUCCAAGCCUUACUUGCAGCUCAAGAUAGACAUCAAGCCCUCAGAGGAUAGCCCCCUGCUAGAAGACUGGGACAUCAUCAGCCCCAAGGAUGUGAUCAGCACCGACCUGCUGCUGGUGGAGAAGCGGUCUCUGGCUGCAGCAGCCCUGCCCUUCACUCAAUCCAUCAUCUCCCAGGUGGGCAGGACACUGUCUAAGGUCCAACAAGCACUCAGCUGGUCCUAUGGCGAGGACGUCAAACCUUUCAAGCCCCCGCUGAGCGACUCCGAGUUCCACACGUACCUGAACCAUGAAGGGCAGCUGACAAGACCUGCAGAGCUGCGUCUUCGAAUUUUCCACGGUGGAGUUGAGCCCUCUCUACGCAAGGUGGUUUGGCGAUAUUUGCUAAAUGUCUAUCCUGAUGGGUUGACGGGUCAGGAGCGCAUGGAUUACAUGAAGCGGAAGACUCGGGAGUAUGAGCAGCUGAAGGGGGAAUGGGAAGCUCGCGCCAGCCCCGAGGACCUGGACUUUAUUCGCAGCAACGUGCUGAAGGACGUUCUGCGAACAGAUCGCACCCAUCCCUACUACGCAGGCUCAGAUGACAACCCCCACUUGACAGCCCUGCACGACCUCUUGACCACCUAUGCCGUCACCCACCCACAAAUCUCCUAUUGCCAGGGCAUGAGUGACAUCGCCUCCCCCAUUCUGGCUGUCAUGGACAACGAAGCUCAUGCCUUCAUCUGCUUCUGUGGCAUCAUGAAACGCCUGGAGGGCAAUUUCCAGGUGGAUGGUGAAGUCAUGUCGGUGAAGUUCUCCCACCUCAAGCUUCUCCUCCGCCAUUCAGACCCAGAGUUCUACUCCUACCUCCUCUCCCGGGGCGCCGAUGACCUCUUCUUCUGCUAUCGCUGGCUGCUGCUGGAACUCAAGCGUGAGUUUGCCUUUGAGGAUGCCUUGCGUAUGCUGGAGGUCACCUGGAGCUCCUUUCCUCCCGACCCUCCUGAGAAGGAAGUGGAGUUGGUGGGCCCGCCGGCCAGGCCCGGAGACAGCAGCCAGCCUGUUCGAAGGAGACACAUGUUGCGUCCAGCUUGCACUUUUGAGGCAGCUGGGGACCAACCCUGCCAAGGGGCAGUUUCUGAUGAAAAGACACUAGUGAAACAGUCUAGCUUUGGGGAGUUCAAGUAUUACAGCACUCAUAAUGAGGACAGCUCAGAGGAUGACCCAUCGCCCAGAUUUCAGCGCUCCGUAGAAGAGGACGAGGACUGUAGCAAUGAGCAGGAUCCAUUGAUCCAGACAACUAACGUGGCCAAGUCUUUUUCUGCUCCAUCCCUUCGGGCCUUGACUCCACCCUCUCGGGACUCAGCCUCCUCCUCAACCAACGGCAAUGAGGAAAGCCAGUCAGAUGAGGAGAAGGGGGACUCAGUGGUUCACACCCCUUCCUCUCCCUCCCGUGGAACUGCUGCUCCUUCUCCUGUUGCUGCAGUCAGCCUGCCACCCCCACAGGAGUUUGGCAGAGGCAACCCCUUUGUGCUCUUCCUGUGCCUCGCCAUCCUCCUGGAGCACCGAGACCAUAUCAUCAAGAACAACAUGGACUACAAUGAGCUGGCCAUGCAUUUUGACCGCUUGGUCCGUCGUCACAACCUGAAUAAGAUCCUUCACCGCGCCAAGGCCCUCUUUGCCAACUACCUGCAGUCUGAAGUCUGGGACUCUGAAGAGGGUGAUGAGGCAGCAGCUGAAUCUCCUGCCGCGUUGUGACCCCACCCCCCUUUUCUUCUCUUGACACGUGGGGACUGGUUCCCUGCUGCCAUUAUGGUGCAAGCUGUGAUGUGGAAGGGUGAACAAUGAGUAAUCCGGCUUGGUCUCAGCUCUACAGUAAUCUUCAUGGGAGGUGGCCUGGAGCAGCUAAGUUGGAUUGUCCCACUCAAUACACCUUCUGUGUCAUAUGUA